UUGAUGGCUCGGGCUGCUGCGGCUCGCGUUGACCCUUACGGGAUCCCACCACUACUGUAAGGCGACCGGCUACUUCGGCAUCUCAGUAUUUAGUCCACAUGUGAAGUGACACAGACCUACGCACUCACAGUCCUUAGCUGACCUUUACAAACUGCCGGGUAGCACACAGCCGCAGGGGUGCCUGGGUCACCGCGUUCAUAUUACACACCAAUUUGCAGCAUUCUGAUGCUCGUCGAUGGUGAUAGACAUUCUUCCUUUCAGAUUACGGGAAGUCUCGUCUGUCAACCUGCGGCCAGCCACUAACGAUGGCGUUCACGCAAAGUGACUCUCUCCGCUUGAAAUUGCUGCGCAUAUUGGAGACGGCUGGCGAGGUGGUGCUGAGGUACACCCUCCUGUGUGGGACUGAUGUCAAGCCCGACUAUGUCCCCCUCCACGAGUACCUGAAGAGCCUUCCGUAUAGUUCGACGGCCAACUUCAAUAAGAUGAUUAAAAAAUACGUAAGGGAAUACCCUGCUGGCUCCGCUGACUUGGACAAGGUGUUGAAGAAACAGUUCAACGACACAGAUCUGAAGCAGAUCACAAGUGACUCUUCCUGCGGUGCUUUCGACAUUACCCUUCUUCACAAAAUCAUCAAAGUGGCGUGUGAGAACGUUGCAGAAAUGAACCAAGACACGUGGACAAAAGAAAGCAGUGAAAUGGAAUACUUUGUCACAAAAAUCAAAAAUAAUAGAAAUGAAGUUGUGCACGAAAAGCGCUCCUUGAGUGAGCUGGAAUACCUUGAUAAAGUUAAAGAAUUAGAUGAUCUCUUUUCCAAGGCUCUGGAAGCCACGAAAGUAAGAUACAACAGGGACGACAGUGAGCUCUCAAUGAAGAAGACCGAGGUAAGGAGGACUGUGGAUGAGAUCGUGAAAGAGCACGUUAGCACAGAGGAGAUAUUCCAAAGAUCAGCGAAUCAGAUGUUGCCGUACUUCAAAAAAGAAACUAACAAAGAGAUAAAAGAGAGAUUAGGGUCUGCCAAACUCUUAAGCCCACUGCAAUUUUUGAGCGGUGCUAAAAACACCCAGGUGGACGUGAAUGAAAUCUUUACCAAGAUCAUCAUUAAGGAAGAAGGAAAAGCUAAGAAACCAAUUGACCAUUUGAAGCUAAUGACUCUAACACAAGAAGGAAGGUCGCCUGCAUCCCCACACUUCAUUGAGAUUGAAGGAGACGCUGGUAGUGGGAAAACAACGCUCUUGACAUUUAUGUUCGCCGAUUGGCUCAAGGAAGAGCCUCAUCGCCGCAUGGAGGGCCUCCAGCACUUUGACCUUCUCUUUUGGGUUGUGUGCCGCCACGAGACCAGCUCCACCCUUGAAAGUUUCGUAGGUAAAGCCCUGCCUGUUGCCUUCGUAAAGUACAGAGACCUCCUGCUGCCCCUUCUGAAAAUGUGCAAAAUUUUGUUUGUUGUUGAUGGUCUAGAUGAAGUGAUCCAAUCCUCCCGCCAGCUCUUUGCAGAUAUAAUGAGCCACGGGAAAGACUGCCCAACCUUCACAGUGGUUUGCACUUCGCGCCCUGAGGGUCUGAUGGGCAUGGAGGCGAAAACGCCUCCCUACUUCCAUGUUUCCCACAUGAAAAUCGAGGGCAUAGCCAUUGAGGACAGAUCGGAGUUCGUUCUGAGGCACGUUGAUCACCUGAGCAGGUGUUCAGGCGUGCCCGUAGACACUGACCGCAUCAGGCAGGUACUGCAACAGAUCGGUUGGAGGGAGAUGUUCCGCCUCCCUCUCAACCUUUUGUUCUUGUCGUACAUGUAUAUGGAAGAGCCCCAGAAGUUGACAACCAAAAUAACUCAGACCGAAUUGUACCAGGACAUCAGAGACUGGAGUGUAGAGAAGCUGCACCACAGAAUGGCUGGUCGUUCACAAAUAUCAUUACCUAAAACAAAAAUUUUAAACACUUUGAGGGUAUUGUAUAAGGUGUCACUACGAGAACUCCUGCACGACAACACUUACCUCAGUGAAGAGAGUCUAACUUCUGUGACAUCAUCCUGCAGGACCGAAGGUCUCCCAGAAGGGGAAGUACUCUCUGCCUUCUUCUGCCUGCGGCGAGAAGUGUUCCGAGGCAAACAGUCAGAAAAGUACUCUCUGCCACAUAAAAGCAUGCAGGAGCAUUUCGCGGCCCACCACAUCAUUGGGUGUUUUGACAAGCACAAGCAGGGAGACAUCCGCCGCGUGCUGCAAGGCUUUAUGCAAGAACAAAACCUGAAACUACCACGUCUCAGAAAUCUCUUCUGCCACAUCCUUGGCAUUCUCAGCAACCAGGACUUGGAGCCAAAGGUGAUGGCGAUGAAGGAAGCAGUGGAUCUAAUACACAAAUCUGGGGUGAAAGACACUGAGGAUUGGCUAACUGUGCUGGCAGAAACGGAGGCCGGUCACCACGCCAUGAGGCGGAUAACCCAUCACAUUCGUCCGCGAUUGUGGGGAUUAAGAAGAUUAUUCAGUUGGAGCCCUCAUGUGGAAAACCUGCGAGUACGCGACGCCACAGUGCACGUCGCUGCUGCCCUGCUGCCUCUCCUCCCUUGCAAGGCAAUCGACAUAGAGCUGGAAAUGGAUCCAAUAGGGGUGGGGGAUGUCUUGUUCCCUGCCCUCGCUAACCACACCGUCAAUGGACUGUACCUAAAUCACCACUGUAAACAUCCUCAUCCAGCCGACACAUCCGCUCACCUCUUGCAGCAAUGCCCCAGGUACGCCUCUUUCACUCACCUGCACAUUCCCACUGAAAGGUUUGGAACACAAUGUAACGCUGCCUGCAGAAAUAUUUAAAUUUGUCUACCUACCUGUCUAUAUAUCUAAAAUACAACAUAUGCACCAGUCUUAUCUACUGAUAUAUCUCUAUAGUCAUCAGCCGAUCCUUCCAUCUUUAUAUAUACCUAUAUGCAUAUGUAGCUGUUCAUCCAUCUACCUGUAGCUGUAUCUUUGAAC